AUGCCUGGCUUCUGGAAGGGCCCUAUCUGGCUCAAAGCGAAACUCGCCCCCGACGAUGAUCAGCGCCCGCUGCUGGUCCGCGAAAUGCGACGGUCGUGUGCUCCUACGGAUAGUGUGAAGAACCCCGAGCUUGCACCUGUGGCGCCCCAGGAACGCUAUGUCGGGUUCGGUAUUGGUGGUGCUGGAAAUAUUCGCAAGUCAGGCCACCAUUUCUUCUUUCCCAACCCGAAUUCCAGCCAUGCGUUGGUCGCGAAGGAGACUGGCCUUGAUUCAGCCCGCCAUACCGGGACCGAGCUGAAAUCCUCGCCUGACGCGUCUGCUUUGCCCACCUUCUUCUCCGGCCACGCGUUGUGCACCGUCUGGGCUCGUUUCUGUCAAUUUAUUCUGGCCCAGUCUGAGUGCCAGACUCUGUUGCUUCCUCCCGCCUCGCUUCUCGAAUAUUUGAAUGCGCCAGGUCGUGAUUAUGCUCCUCGUCCGUCGGGCAUCCCAUUCACAUUAAAGGACAACAAGAUAAAACCAUGGCUCCAUGUGGCACAAGCACCAGCCGUUCACCCACCAAUUGGCCAGCAAGUCGGCUGCUCAUCCACCAACAGCUCUUCGGGAUACUGGUACGAACAUAUCGAACACAAUGGGCAGAGUUCUUUCUUGAGCCCCGAGUACAAGGAGAAAUAUGCCGUGUUCCGGAAUGUCGUGGCGGAUUUUCACGCCGACAACACAGGAAAGACUGAUGCUUCAGAGGCGAUCCAGAACGCUAUUGAAGCGGGACCGGCCCAGGGCGCGCCUCGCAGCGCCCACAAGAUGGGCACGACCGGGCAGCCUGCCAUCGUGUAUCUGCCUAGUGGCGUCUAUCAGUUGAAGAAAGCGCUGCAGCUAUAUGUCGGCACUGUCAUCACAGGUGACCCUGCCAACCCGCCCAUCUUGAAAGCGGGUCAGGGGAUAGCGGGUGACCAUAUGAUUUAUGCGAAGGAUCCCAACUACGGGGGCACGGUCAAUUUUUAUAUGGGGAUUAGAAAUGUGGUCUUGGAUUCUACGGAGGUAGACGCCGGUUCGCAUUUUACUCUCCUUGACUGGACUGUCAGUCAAGCGACGCAGCUGACAAACGUUGUCUUCAACAUGCCGACCAAAGGGUCAAAUCAUGUUGGGCUUACCACGCAAUAUGACUAUAACAGCAAUAUCAUAGUGUCUGACUUGACAUUCAACGGUGGUGCAGUUGGAAUGCAUCUCAGUGGACAGCAAUGGGUAUUUCGCAACCUGAAGUUCAGAGGAACGUUGACGGGGGUUAUCGCUGGAGGAACGAAUAUUGUAUUCCUCGGGUGUAGCUUUGAGGCAGGAGAUGUCGCAAUCAAAGCGGAUUCCACCUCCGGGUCUUUGACGGUCAUCGAUUCCACUGGGUCCAACAUGCGCACAUUCAUCACGUCCAACGACUCGCAUUCGGCCGGCAACGCGAUUAUCCUCGAUAACGUGGAGAACUCGGGAGACACAGUUAAGCUGGGGGAUAAAGUCGUCCUCUCCGGGCGCACAUCCGGAACUUGGGUGCAUGGAACAUUGUACCCGCCUCACCAAGGGCAGAUCCAAAGAGUGGAAGGCCAAAUGGUCCAGACAAACCGAUCUUCUUCUUUGCUCUCCGGAAACAAGUAUUUCACUAUGGCGCCGCCAACUUAUCGGGAGUAUAGCGUUUCGGAAGUCCUCAACAUCAAGUCUGUGCCCGAUCGACCGGUGAAAGGGGACGGCCAGACAGAUGACACGAAGAAUAUCAAUGCGAUUUUGGCCCAGAAUAGAGACUGCAAGCUCAUUUAUUUCCCUGCGGGCACAUACAUUGUCACGGACACGAUCUUCAUCCCCUCGGGCACUCGGAUCAUUGGGGAUCCCUAUGCUUCCACCAUCAGCGCAGUCGGUGCCAACUUCAAGAGCACAACUGCUGUUCGAACGAUGGUGCAAGUGGGCUACCCAGGCGAUGUGGGUGUAGCCCAGAUCAGCGACAUGCUGUUCACGGUCGCGGAUAUCCUACCCGGUUGUCAGAUGGUCGUCGUAAGCAUUUCGGGAAAAUCUCCAGGCGAUGUUGGACUCUGGAACACUCACUUCCGUAUCGGCGGUGCAGCCGGCAGCAAGGUCGAGAGCCAAUGUACAGGGUCCGCUGCGGAUUGCAAAGCUGCCUGGGGUCUGCUGCGUCUGAGCAGCACGUCGUCUGCCUAUAUCGAGAACAUGUGGGGAUGGACCGCGGACCACGACCUCGACGGCCAGAACCAGCAAGUGAUUUCCACCGGCCGCGGUCUCCUCGUCGAAGCCACCGCCGCAACCUGGCUUGUCGGCACGGGCUUCGAACACCACACGUUAUAUCAGUACAACUUCAACGCCGCUCGCAACGUUUUCUCCGCGCUGCAGCAAAGCGAAACCCCGUAUUGGCAAGGGCCAGGAAACAUUCUGGCGCCUGCGCCUUGGGCAGACAACGUGGCGACCAGCGAUCCCAACUUUGCGCAGUGUGCGCCCAACGACGCGACCUGCCGGAUGGCGCUGUUUGAGCGCAUCAACCAGUCUUCAGAUCUGUUCCUGUUUGGCGGGUGCAACUGGGCGUUUUUCAACAACAACGGGGGUUGCAAUGGGGCGUGUCAGAAGAACGCCAUCCAGGUGCUUAACUCCACGGCGCUGUAUCUGUAUGGGACCAACACGAAGAGCGCCGCCAAUAUGAUUCUCGAAGGGAACUACCAGGUUGCGACCGAGGCAGAGAAUUCUGGUGGUUGGGGGGGAGUGAUUGCCGGGUUUCUGUAUAAUUCUUGA